AUGUUCGGUCGUCUCAGAGUUUUUGUUGACGCAUUUUCAGUCGGAAUGUUGCCAAAGCGCCGGUUUAAAUUACGUUCUUCCAGUAAGGAUGAUGAUGAUGAUAACGUCAGCGAUAUUUCUGACAUUUCAAGCCCAGAGCUGCCAGAGCUACAACCAGCAAAAUCAAACAAACCCAAAAAGAAACGCAAUAAGUUUACUCAUUCUCAAGACAAAGAAAUGUUAAAAUACAUCAUGAAUGAAUGCAGAUAUAACGAGAUUAAAGGCCUUGCUCUUUGGAAAGAUAUGGAAAUAUUACAAAUUACAAGUCAUUCAAAACAGUCGAUGAAGUGCCGUUUCCUCAAGUCAGUGAUUCCAAAUCUUCAUCAAUAUGAUAUCCCUAAACACUGGGUUGAAAAAUUGAAUUGUCUCUUCCCAGGGAGGCUAAAUAAAAAUCCGGAUAAGGAAAAUGCCAAAACUGAUUUUACACCUUGUUCCAUGUUUGACAAGUGGAGAAAACAAAGUCCUAGAUUGCGUUCAUCGCCUCGAAUUCAAAGAAAUGACGAAAAGAAAACUGCUAAGGAGAAAAACGUGACAAAAGAAGCAGCAACACAUGCUAAUGAGGCUGAUAACAGUGAAUCGACACUUCCUUACAUGGACUCACCUGUUUCCAGGAGAAAACGGAACAGCUAUAGACAAUCCCUAAGGUUCAGUAGUAGCUCUGAAUCUGAAUCUGAUAAGGAAGCAGAAAGAAAUGUUUCAGGUGACAAUGAUAUUGGUUCUGCUGUUUCUCCAGCCCCCUCUCCAUCCAAGUCAGCUCAAGAGACUUCCAGAAGAGACAGCAGUAGUGAGCAGUCAGAGUUAUCUGAUUAUGAUCAAUAUUUGAUGGGAAUUGCUCAAAAAAGAAAAACCUCAAGCAAAAAAUCUUCCAGAUCCGGCAAGAGCUCUUCACAGUCCGAAAAGGCCAGUACAGCAAGUGAGGAAAAUGUAUCUCAUUCAGAGGAAGAAAUGGAUCAAGAUGAAUCAGUUAGUAUCUUAGAGGAUAGAAGAUCUCGACUGCAACAUCGAAGACAUAUAAAGAAAGUAGAGAAAUCUUUCGGUGGCUGUUCUACCACCCCGACUUCAUCUCACAAGAACCUGAAUCCAGCAAAGUUUGUGACAGAUUCUGUCCCUGAAGAAGGGCCAAAUGAAAACACAGAGGUUGUCAGCCCAGCAAAAGCCCAGGAGAAACUAAGUAAAUACGAAGCAAUUAUUUCAGAUAUUGCACAAUUAUAUGACCUAACCAAACGUGAAGUCCUUUCCACCAUUUUUUCUUUCAAUGGAGACGUUGAAAAAUCCAUUGCAUAUAUCAGAUUUGGUCCUGAACUUUCACAAUUGAAGCCUUGGAGUAAAGAAGAAGAUCAAAUCAUUUCCUCCACCGACGAGAAAAGUAUAAAAAACGUUGCCAGAAUACGAGGCAAUAAAUUAAUUGCUAUGCGACUCCAAUACAAUAAAAAAGGUCCAAAGACCAUUGGAAUGGCAAAUGGCAUACUCUUUCUUUUGCCAUUCCUCCAAUCCCUCAACUUCUCCACAUGUUUUACGGCAAAUGUGGGGAAAUGGCUUAUCAUGAUCCCCUAG